GCUUCGCGGCAAGUCGGGACCGAGUUGCUGCCGCCGCCGCUGCCGCCGUCUACGGCCCUUCCCUCCCGCUCCCGGCAUUUGCAGCCCAGUCCUGGGGCCCCUCGGCUGCAAUAAAAUGUUUGACGGCCCCUUCCUGUUCUUUACCUCGCCCGCUCUGUUCGCUGCGCUGCUCCUCCUUGGCCAGCCGGGUCCCGAGACAGCUGUUGCAGAACUGGCCGUGGUGAUUCCGGAGCAGGUUCCUCUUGACAGGGUCCAUUUUCUGCAACCCCGAAAGAGCGGCCCUGAUGAGGCCCGGAGGCGACGGUCUGCGCCCCUACAGUUGGAGGAAGAAGCUGCCAGACUGCUCAUUCGCCUCCCCAUAGGCACUGGGCCUCAUCCUAGCUCUGAUCUCUACCUGAUGCUCUACCACAAUGACCAGUUUUUGGCCCCUGGGUUCUCCGUAGAAGAAAUCAGCCGGAGCCAAAGCAGCCACCGACAUCAGGCUGUAGACCAGCUCUGCUUCUACACGGGCCACGUGCUAAACCACAGUCACGACUCUUUUGCUUCGCUCAGCACCUGUGGUGGACUGGUUGGCUAUAUCCAGAUUGGAUUAGAACAGGUGCAGAUACAGCCUGUAAAUAGGUCUGAGUCCUCAUUCAGCGGGAAAGAGCAUUUCAUCAGGCGCAAGAGGUCCAGCCCGGCCCAUCCUUUGAAGUCAACGAUCCCUGUGGAGCACUGCAGUGUGUUAGCAGAAAAAAAGAAGUCCCCAAAGGCCAAGCUUCUCCAUGACUGGAAAAAACGGAGGAAUGCCAUUCAUCUCACAAAUGAGUACACGGUGGAAACGCUUGUGGUGGCAGAUGCUGACAUGGUCCAAUAUCAUGGGGUUGAUGCUGCACAGAGAUUCAUCCUUACUGUGAUGAACAUGGUGUACAACAUGUUUCAACACCAGAGUCUUGGAGUUAAAGUCAACGUUCGAGUGACUAAACUCGUCUUGCUUCGAAGACGUCCUGCCAAGUUGUCCAUAGGUCACCAUGGAGAGAGGUCUCUGGAGAGCUUUUGCCAGUGGCAAAAUGAAGAGUUUGGUGGUGCAAAAUACCUUGGGAACAAUCAGGUUCCUGGAGCACGAGAUGACACUCCUCCAGUGGAUGCUGCUGUCUUUGUUACAAGGACAGAUUUUUGUGUCCAUAAGGAUGAGCCAUGUGACACAGUGGGCAUUGCCUACCUUGGAGGGAUCUGCAGCCUGAAGAGGAAGUGUGUUCUUGCAGAAGACAAUGGACUGAACCUCGCCUUUACCAUUGCUCAUGAACUGGGACACAACAUGGGUAUGAGUCACGAUGAUGACCACUUGUCCUGCACUGGAAGAUCUCACAUCAUGUCUGGAGAAUGGGUGAAAGGCAGAAACCCCAGUGACCUAUCCUGGUCUUCCUGCAGUCGUGAUGACCUUGAAAAGUUUCUAAAGUCUAAAGUCAGCAACUGUUUGCUGGUAACAGACCCACGUAGCCGCUAUGCUGUGCGCCUUCCGUAUAAACUCCCAGGAAUGCAUUAUAGCGCAGAUGAGCAGUGCCAGAUCCUCUUUGGAACCAAUGCGACUUUCUGUAAGAAUAUGGAGCAUUUGAUGUGCGCUGGUCUCUGGUGCCUUGUGGAAGGAGAUGCCUCUUGUAAAACAAAACUGGACCCUCCUCUGGAUGGGACUGAAUGUGGGGCUGACAAGUGGUGCCGAAUGGGGGAGUGUGUCAGUAAAACCCCCAUCCCUGAACACAUUGAUGGUGAUUGGAGCAUAUGGAGUCAGUGGAGCAUGUGCAGCCGGACUUGUGAGACUGGUGCCAGAUUCAGGCAACGCAAAUGUGACAAUCCUCCGCCUGGCCCUGGAGGUAAGAACUGCCAGGGAGCAAGCGUGGAGCACGCUGUGUGUGAAAACCCGCCCUGCCCCCGAGGAGUGUCCACAUUCCGAGAUCAACAGUGUCAAUCUCAUGACCGCUCUUCCAACAAGAAAAAAAGACACUGGACUGCUGUCAUCAUGGACGAAAAACCUUGUGAGCUAUAUUGCUCCCCGUUUGGGAAAGAGUCUCCUGUAUUGGUGUCUGAUAGGGUCAUUGAUGGCACACCAUGUGGACCUUAUGAGACUGACCUCUGCGUUCAUGGCAAGUGCCAGAAAAUUGGCUGUGAUGGAAUCAUUGGGUCUGCUGCCAAAGAAGAUCAUUGUGGUAUCUGCAACGGAGAUGGCAAAACCUGCAAAGUGGUGAAAGGUGACUUCAACCACACGAAAGGGAUGGCUUUGAAAGAUUCCAGUAAGAAAUCCAUUAAUAACGACUGGAAAAUUGAACUUCCUGGCGAGUUUCAGAUAGCAGGAACAACCAUUCGUUAUGUACGAAGAGGUCUGUGGGAGAAGAUGUCUGCCAAAGGGCCAACCAAAAUACCACUUCAUUUGAUGGUGCUGUUAUUCCAUGACCAGAACUAUGGGAUACAUUAUGAAUAUACCAUCCCAGUGAAUUACUCUACUGAAAAUAGAAGUGAGCCAGAACAUCAGCAGGACUCCCUCUACAUAUGGACACAUAGUGCUUGGGAAGGUUGCAAUGUACAAUGUGGAGGAGGAGAACGGAAAACCAUUGUGUCAUGCACACAGAUUGCUAACAAGACCAUGAUGCUGGUAAACGACAGUGCUUGCCAGCGGGUAACCCGUCCUGAGCCACAGGUCAGAAGAUGUAACGUCCAUCCCUGCCAGUCCAGGUGGGUUACAGGACAGUGGAGCCCCUGCUCUUCAACUUGUGCCAAAGGCCUCCAGCAUCGGGAAGUGACAUGUGUCUAUCAGCUGCAGAAUGGCACCUAUGUCAACACCAGAGAUCUAUACUGCCUAGGUCCCAAGCCAGUCGCGAUACAGAGCUGCGAAGGCCGAGACUGUCUUUCUGUCUGGGAAGCUUCCGAAUGGUCUAAGUGUUCUUCUGACUGUGGAAGGGGGAAACAGAAGAGAAAAGUCAUGUGUACCAACUCACAAGGAAAGUGUGAUGCAGCUACAAGGCCAAGGGACGAGGAAGAGUGUGAAGAUCACACAGGAUGCUAUGAGUGGAAGACCGGGGAAUGGUCCAAGUGUUCCUCAACGUGUGGCAAAGGUCUUCAGUCCCGUGUGGUCCAGUGCAUGCAUAAAGUCACAGGUCGCCAUGGCAACGAGUGUCCGAUCCUCUCCAAGCCUGCAGCCUACCGACAGUGUCACCAAGAGGCCUGCAAUGAGAAAAUUAAUGUCAACACAAUUACCUCUCCGAGACUUGCUGCUCUGACAUACAAGUGCACAGGAGACCAGUGGGCAGUUUAUUGUCGAGUGAUUCGGGAGAAAAACCUUUGUCAGGACAUGAGAUGGUACCAGCGCUGUUGUCAAACCUGCAGAGACUUCUAUGCAAGCAAGAUGCAACAGAGGAGUUAAUGAAACCUGCCUAUGCUCCUUAGGGAAUUAUAGCUCAUAUGUACUUCUUCAUACAAUAUAUCAUUAACUUAUGGAACUUGCUGCCACAAGAUGUGGCAAUAGCUAUUUCAUCUUAGAUUAGAUAAAUUUAUAGGGGAAUAGGGUCUAUUGAUGGCUAAUAGCCAUGACAGCUAAUUAUAGAGCCUCUAUGGACAGAGGUCAUAUACUUCUGAAAUGCAAGUGCUAAUGAUAUCACAUUGGAAAGCCAUUACCACCUUGCACCUGGUUGGACACUAUUAAAAAGAGAAUGCUUGAUUAGAUGGACCUUGAUCUGAUUCAGCAAGGUCAACUGUAUCUGAAAGUUGCAAACGCAAGUUA